AAAACAUUGCCUACCUGUAUGGUUCUACAGAAAAGACUACGGCUAAUGUUUGUCAUAAACAUUUGAGCAUACUUUCCUCUCAAGACCUGUAUGGUUGAAGUAUUUAAAACACAAUAAUUUUAACUCAAACAUUUCACUCUCCUUUUCAGAUACAAUGGAUCUUUCAGAUGCUCUGGGUGGUGAACCGGGCUGGCCAAGCCAGAACAACCAGCAGAGUAGUGGGGGUGUGUGGCCUGGUGGGCAACCCAACCAGCCAACAUGGCCAGGACAGCCUGGUGGUCAACCGGCUUGGCCUGGACAGCAGCAACCAGGCCAGCCUGGUGGUCAACCGGCUUGGCCUGGACAGCAGCAACCAGGCCAGCCUGGUGGUCAACCGGCUUGGCCUGGACAACAACCAAACCCUUCCCAGCCCUCAUGGCCCGGACAACCAGGUGGGGGACAGCCCUGUCAGCCGACAUGGCCAGGGCAGCCAGGACAGAUUAGCCAACCUACUGCACCCGGAUGGCCAAGCCCAAGCCCCGGUCCAGGCCCUGCCCAACCAACUGCUCCACAACAUAGUUCACUGAAAGUGCCAUAUGACCUGAACCUGCCAAAUGGAUGCUACGACAAAAUGCUCAUUACAAUUCGUGGGACAGUUAACCAAAAUGCCAAAAUGUUCACCAUCAAUCUAACCAAAGGGAAUGACAUUGCCAUGCACUUCAACCCACGCUUUAAUGACCAGGGAAAGAAAACGAUUGUGCGGAACAGUCAGAUAGGCAAUACAUGGGGAAAAGAGGAGAGGGAGCACAAUCACUUCCCCUUCACUCAGGGCCAGCCCUUCGAGAUGAAGAUAAUGUGCACUAACAGUGAGUUCAAGGUGGCAGUGAACAGCUCACACAUCCUGGAGUUCAAACACCGCAUCCGUGAUAUCCAAUCCAUCAAACACCUGGGCAUCUAUAAUGAUGUCACCGUCACGUCUGUGGAGCUUGACAAACUAUAAGAUCUAGCAGGGUUGGUUUCAGCCAUAGAAAUGGAAUGACCAGAUUAGCCGAAGUCCCUCAGGUUCUAUUUUUAUGGUUCCAGUGACCUUCCAUCAUUGGCUUUUAACAUAAACAUACAGUAGCUUGAGUCUCAAGCUUUAACCCAGUAGUACUACCAUCAUAUUAUGUACUUCUACUAAGCUGGUAUAUUCUCUGGAAAAAUCUAUUUUCUUAGACUUUUAAUAAGAGAGAAAGUCGUCAACUUACAAAUUCAUUGGUUUUAAGUCUGAAUAGGUACAUAUAUUUUAAUGUAAACCACCUAUAUCCAAUGUUAUACUCAAACAUAUUUUUUUCAUUGACUGAUCUCUUCCUCGAGAUACAGUAUGUUUUGUGAUUUAUUUUUAUUGUUGUAUAACCUUUCACACUAGGUGGCACAGUUGAGACUGUUGAAUGUUUUAGAACCACAACAAGCCUAGUAUUUGCUGUGGCAAAAUAAACAUUACCUUGGCUACCUAAACCA